ACAUUAUACUUCUAUUUUAAAAAAAACUUUUCUGAAUUCAUGAAAUUCAGUUUUUAAGUCAUAGCUAGUUACAUAGUCAGAUACGAUGACUAUGGCAGUUCCAGAGUGGCGCAUUUCACUGAAACUGAUGGACCAGCCCUCGGUCCCCAAGUCGGUUCUGCAGUUUCCCGAAACGGAACCGGGAGAUGUGGCACCGGGAGGAUAUCGUAUCGCCACACUGAAGCAGCUGGUAGCAGCCCAUUUGCCAGAUUUAGUACCUGAUCCGGAGUUUAUAGAACUGGUAUUUUGUGGCAGAAAGUUGAAAGAUGAGCAGACAUUGGAAUUUUAUGGGAUUCAGCCAGGAUCAACUGUCCACAUUUUAAAGAAAUCGUGGCCAGAACCAGAAGUCAAGCCAGAGCCUGUGGACAGAACAGCUGCUGCCAGGGAGUUCCGUGUGCUUCAGGCAGCUCUACAUACCAGUACUGCUUAUAGAGACUCGGUGUUUAAGAUGUUAAACAACAGGGAGUCCUUGGACCAGAUCAUUGUAGCCACGCCAGGCCUGAGCAGUGAUCCGGUGGCACUGGGUGUGCUGCAAGACAAAGAUCUGUUUGUGUUGUUUACUGACCCUAACAUGUUGGAUACGCUGAUCACUUCGCACCCAGCCCUAGUCAAUGCUAUCAUUCUGGUCCUACAUUCAGUGGCUGGAAGUGUCCCUUCACCACAGAGUGCAAGCACAUCUCGCAAUGUCUCGGCAAGCUCCUACAGCGACAUGCCAGGAGGAUUUCUUUUUGAGGGCCUGUCUGAUGAUGAAGAGGAUUUCCAAUCGGGCAGCCGGGCCACCCCUUCCACCAGCACAGGGACCCCUGGCACACGGCCAGCCACGCUCGGCUACAGUGGUGCUGUUGGCCCUCGGCCCAUCACUCAGAGUGAACUAGCUACCGCCCUUGCCCUUGCCAGUACACCGGAAAGCAGUGCAGUCACUCCUACCACUGGCAACCAGGGAGCCUCAUCUGGGGCCUCACCUGUCAUGGGUUCUUCAGGAAUGCCUGCAGGAACGCCCAUCACCAAUGAUAUUUUCACCCAGGCACUGCAGCAGGCACUGCAGGUGUCCAGUCUCUCAACCUUGCAGAGCCAAUGGCAGUCUCAGCUACAGCAGCUACGGGACAUGGGGAUCCAAGACGAGGAGCUGAUCCUGAGGGCACUGCAGGCGACGGGAGGCGAUAUACAGGCUGCUUUGGAGCUUAUUUUUGCUGGGGGAGCCCCUUGAUCUACAAGUGAACCCAUUCAGGAUUUGACUGUACAGUACCACUUUGUGACGCAAUGGAACUGAACCCACUGAUUCCCCAACCCCCAGGAAUUUCUAGGCCCUUAAUACGACUUUUCCCAUGUGCUUUUUUUUUAAAAAAAAAACCCUAAUGCUACAAAUAAAAGAUGUAUGAGAUCAAUUUU